CAAACACAGCCAGACAGUAUCACGCACCACCCUUCUGUGGCGGGCAGGGUCGCCUGUGUUGACAAACAUUUAUUCUCUCACUAGGGCGGAGAUUUGUGCAUUUUACGAGACAAAAACCUACUAAAUAAACGCUUUAUUUAAUAGCUAGGAAUACAUAGGAAAGGAUUAUUGUUCGGGAUUAAAUGCGAGUAUGGGUUGCUGCCUGACUGUUGGACCAAAUGAAGCGCUCGUUGUGUCAGGUGCCUGUUGUGGGUCAGAUGCAAAGACGUACGUGGUGGGAGGCUGGGCGUGGGCAUGGUGGCUUAUAUCAGACACACAGAGAAUUACACUAGAGAUUAUGACACUACAGCCUAAGUGUGAAGACGUGGAGACAGCGGAGGGAGUCGCUAUUACAGUGACAGGAGUUGCUCAAGUCAAGGUUAUGACUGACCAAGACUUGCUGGCUGUUGCCUGUGAGCAGUUUCUGGGGAAGUCUGUCAUGGAAAUCAAGGCUGUGGUUCUGCAAACCCUAGAAGGACAUUUGCGUUCUAUCUUAGGCACUUUGACAGUGGAGCAGAUCUACCAGGACAGAGAUGAGUUUGCUCGGCUGGUGAGGGAGGUGGCAGCUCCUGAUGUGGGCCGGAUGGGUAUUGAGAUCCUCAGCUUCACUAUAAAAGAUGUCUAUGAUAAGCUGGACUACCUGAGCUCUCUUGGAAAAACUCAGACAGCGGCUGUACAAAGGGAUGCCGACAUCGGCGUGGCCGAGGCAGAGAGGGAUGCUGGGAUUAGAGAAGCUGAGUGCAAGAAAGAAAUGAUGGAUGUGAAGUUCUUGGCGGACACUAAAAUGGCCGACUCCAAACGAGAGCUGGAGCUGCAGAAAGCUGCUUUCAAUCAAGAAGUGAACACUAAGAAAGCCGAGUCUCAGCUGGCCUAUGAACUACAGGCAGCGAAAGAGCAACAGAAGAUCAGAUUGGAGGAGAUCGAAAUCGAGGUCGUGCAGAGGAAAAAACAGAUCUCCAUCGAGGAGAAAGAGAUUGAGAGGACAGAGAAGGAGCUGAUUGCGACGGUCAAGCGUCCUGCUGAAGCAGAGGCUUACAAGAUGCAGCAGCUGGCUGAAGGACAAAAGUUGAAGAAAGUGCUGAUUGCUCAGGCCGAGUCAGAGAAGAUCAGGAAGAUCGGAGAGGCAGAUGCCAUCUCUAUCUCAUCCGUGGGGAAGGCCGAGGCUGAGAGUAUGAGGCUGAAGGCAGAGGCCUACCAGCAGUACGGAGAGGCCGCCAAGACUGCGCUCGUCCUAGAAGCACUGCCCAAGAUUGCUGGAAAGGUAGCGGCUCCUCUGGCCAGGACCAAUGAGAUUGUUAUUCUGAGUGGGGAUGGAAACCGUGUGACCGGGGAGGUGAACCGCCUCCUCGCCGAGCUGCCCGUGUCUAUUAAUGCACUCACGGGUGUGGACCUGUCCAAGAUGCCUCUGUUGCAGAAGAUGACAGGUGCUCAAGCAUGAAGUCAAUCAGUUGCGUCUCCUUCAUGAUGUGUUGUAUGCACUCACAGAAACUGCCUUUAGAAGAUUUGAAUUACAAAAACAAAACAAAACAAAAAAACAAGUAGAUUUUGAUACCUCUGGUGCCUUAAUGUUUCAUAGGACCAGAAUUUCUGCAUGCACUGCUGCUCCCACAUUCUGCAAUUCGCUUUAUUUUUAAAUCACUUGCGGCUGGAGUCACUGUACAUCACAUACGUCAGAGACCAUAAGUACAACCAGUAUUGGUUUUUGUUUUAUAUUUUUGUAGUGUCAGCAUACGAAACUUAGCCUAUCACACUUUAUUCUUUACUAUUUUAUACACUUUAUUUUCAUCUCUACACUACACAGACACUUUAACACUCAACGGUGAGUCAGCUUUAGAUUACAAUCAAAUCUGUUUAUCCAUCCAAAGUCCAGCACUACUUCUUCAUUCACGUUAAGUCAUAUUUCUAACUAAAAAGCGACUUACCUUACAGAUCCUGCCAUGAUUUCUAACAUUCAGGAAGAUGCCACUGAUGUAGAGUAGCGAGUAGCAUUCAGUAUACUAAGCUCUUGGGCAAAGCAUUGCCUUACGGGUAAAUAUCAGUGUCAUCUUAGGUAGAAUCAAGCCAAGUGCUCCUCUUCUUUUUAAAAGUUGCUGACACAUAAACAAACAUGGCCUUUAUAAACCGAUCCAUCUUCUGAAUUAUCGUGUAAGUCACCUGAGCUCAACAGUAGUUCAGAUCACUUUUUUGCCUGUAGAUUUGUAAGAUCUUUGGAUUGUAUGUGUGCUUUGUUUUGUUUAUAUUAUUGGAGAA